ACGAUGUUGGUUGUUGCUGCGUGUUAUUUUUUGUGCUAACACAAAGUUACAAUAUUGCUGUAAAUAUUGAAAACGUUUUCCUGGGUUAUUGCUUUUACAGAUGAUAUUCAUAAAAAAAUCAAAGUUAGUUAUAUCAAUAUGGAAUAAAUUCCUAUUGCUUACUUGUAAUUUCCAUGACAGGCUCAACCGUACUUGACAGGAGAAGUUACACCGAUGCAAGAUAAUGUUCCUCUCGACAUGACAGAAAUAAACAUUGAAGUUUUGAAAUUGAAGGAAGUUCUUCACAAUUUGAAUAGGUUAGAGAUAAAAUUGAAGACACCAAGGGAAGCAUCAUUGCAAACUCAAAUUACAAAUUCUCUUGUUUGGGCUGAAAAGGAAAUAACUUCGGAUUACAUCAGAGAUUUUGUUCCAUCCGUUGCUGAACGUGUUUCUUUUGCUGCGCUUCAACCUGUUUCAGGUUCGAAUCAAUCCGAACUGGCAAAGUUGCAGAAAGAAAAACUGGUGUCGAUGGAAACAAGUGAUACACUCCAAAGACUAGAGAAAGCUGUCCAAUUAGCCAAAGACAAUAUCAAAAUACUUGCCGCCAAGCUUGCCAUUCAAUUCUAGAGAGGCAGUGAGGCUUUGUACAAAAUUGCAAAAUUUGCACAGUAUGUCAACUCACUAUUUGUUUUGUUUAUCAAUAAAAAGGAAGUAUUUCGGUCCA